AUGGUGUAUACUAUCGUCGUCCAUCUCCGCGCAAAGCCUGAUCCCGAGUGCAUCUCGAAGCUUCACGCAAAGCUUCUCGAGGCCUCGGCCGUCUACUCCAAGGACAAGGAGACCCUGUCCUGGUUCGUGAUGCAGUCGGUCCACGACAAGCAGGACUUUUGCAUCGUGGAGCGCUAUCUGAACGAGGGGUCCCAGAAGUACCACCUGGAGAACCCGUACUGGAAGACCUUUGAUCCCUAUGUCAUCCCGCUGUUGGAGAAGCCCAUGGAUUUGAGACGAUUUGAGGAAUUGGUUCCAGAGGGAGAGAAGCAGUAG